AUGAACUUUAAGAGCAUUCGCAUUGGAAACUAUAAAAUACUUGAAAGAAUAGGGUCCGGUGCUUUUGGGGAUAUAUACGAGGCACAGUGCAUGGAAACGUGCAAGAAAGUGGCGAUAAAAAUAGAGAAAAAACCAGGGUGCUCGCAAAUAUCGCACGAAAGGCACAUUUACAAGCUGCUGAAAACAGAGAACAACUACAUCCCAACUGUUCUUCAGGCAGGUUCUCUGAACAUGGAGGAUAUGAAGCGGUCUUUUCUGGUAAUGGACCUCCUGGGGCCGUCUCUCGAGUCCCUUUUCAACUACUGCAACCGAAAGUUUUCUUUGAAAACAGUGCUUAUGCUGGCAGAAAUGCUAAUAACUCGGGUCGAAUACUUGCACUACAAGCACAUCAUCCACCGAGACAUAAAGCCCGACAACUUUCUCUUUGGGGUCGCUAACCACAGCAAGUGCAUUGCAGAGGUGCUCUCAAAAAACACGUUCUACAUUCUUGACUUUGGCCUGGCGUGCAUGUACAGGACCUCGAACUACACGCACAGGCCAAUAACCACAAACAACAGGCUCUUGGGGACUGUUCGGUAUGUCUCGCUGAAUACGCAUAACGGAAUAAAUCAGAGCCGGCGGGAUGACCUGGAGUCGCUUGCGUACAUGCUUAUAUACUUUAUAAAGGGGAGGCUCCCGUGGCAGAGCAUCAAGUCGUCUAGCAAGGAGAUGCGGUACAAAAUGAUAGGAGAGAAAAAGGCAACAACCCCCGUGGAGGAGCUCUGCGCAGGCAUUGACCCGGCUUUCCAGGAGUUUCUGGUCUACGUGCGAAGGCUGGAGUAUGACCAGAUGCCGGACUAUCUGUAUAUUAAAAGAAUAUUUAGCAGUGCCAUGAUUCAGAAUAACUUCAUCUACGACUUUAGCUUUGACUGGUAUAAAAGAUACGCCGAAACUCGCGAGCCAAUAGAGCGGUGCAUGAAAAGCUCUAAGACUCGGCAGUAA